AUGGUGCGCCCUGCUUUCCCAGCGUCUGGCUACGCCGUGUUCUACCUGCAAGUUUCCCAAGCGACUAUUGGUGAGCUCUACCUAGAAGCAGAGUCUCGGACCUACAGACCUGUGUUUCGAGAAGUAGGCGGAGCCGAAGAUGACAUGUUCAGAAGUCAAUCGCGAGUUCAGCGCAUGAAACCUCCCCUUCGACGUGUUUCCGCUGCAAUCCUUGAGGAUGCAGCUACCCGCGACUCCAACUACAGACCCUGUGUGUUUUCGUACAUGCACUCGCGACCUGGGGGUCUAUACCAGGAACCUCAUCAAGACUAUGCAGACGAAGUGCGAGCUGCUGUGCAUGCCCGCUACCCGGGCAGCAUUCCGGCUAGUGUUAUUAUUGCCAUCCAACCCGGGACAAGACUGCGGUUGUUUCCCCGCUGCUUUGACUUUGCCCGCCCUGAAAUGGAGAUUGAAUUGGAGAUCCCUACUGGAUAUGCAGUUGUGUUUCGUGGCGAUUUAUUUCAUAGUGGUGUGGGGUAUACUACUUCCAACUAUAGGCUUCAUUGCUACUUGUUUUUUCGAGACCUUGGUUGGAGACCAGACGUGGUGUCUAAUUCGCUAUUAGUAUGCCAAUACUGCGGUCGCACCGAACGAGUUUCGGCCCGAAUUCGGCAGCACCGGUAUUUCUGCCUGCAGAACCCGGAUGGACUCGCGCAUCGUAUCGGUCGGCGGGAGCAGCAAAAUCGCCGCGGUGAGUAUCCCUGCAACUAUUGCAGUCAAGUUUUUGAGGUGCAAAGCACGCUUCGUUCUCAUAUUUUGGCUCAACACGGUUCGACCUCUAGCCAGAAUGUUUAA